AAGUUGAUCUACUCUCCUAAAUUUUCUCCUCAACAUUCUUUAUAAGGGAAAAACAUCUUGAUUGCAAGCAAUAAUUUUAGCUUAGUUCUGUAUUCUCAGUCAGGGACCAAUUUAAUUGUUAAACGAUUUUUAUUUAUUUAUUUUUUGUUUUAUAUUUUGUUUUAUCGCCUUUUUAGAACACUACCAAGAAAAACAAAGAAAAAGAAAAAGAAAAAUUUAAUUAUGGAAAAGAAAACCCUCAAAAAAAUCAGAAAAAGAAAAAAACUCAAAAACAACAACAACAACAAAAACAACAACAACAACAUAUUCAGCAACAACAACAACAACAAAUGCAGCAACAACAACAAGAAAUUCAGAAGCAACAACAACAACAACAACAACAGCAACAACAACAAAUGCAGCAGCAACAACAACAACAACAACGGCAGCAGCAACAAGCUCCAAGAGAAGUGUGGAGGAAUGGAGAAAAAUUUAUUUUACAUUCAGUUUUCCGAAGGAAUCCGAGGAGAGCAGUGAAGAGAGUGGCGGAAAAUGAUGGUGCAGCGGUGUUGGUUAGAGUUAGGCGGAGGAGGUUAAACCGAGGGGAAAAUCGCGAAGAAGAAAAUGAAAAUAUCCAUAAUGAGGCCUUUGAGCAACCACCACCAAUUCAACCAGUAGCACCCAUGCCAGUGGAUGAGGAGGAUCGACCAUACAUAGUCCCACUUGAUCCUCCUCCAAACUUACAAAAUUGGCUUGAAAACGCACCAGAAUGGCUGAGAUUAUACAUGCGCACACAAGAGGAGAGAGUUUCUGCAUUGGAGGCUCGCGUGGAGGCACUAGAGAAUAACGUACAACAGAGGGGGGCAGCCAGGGAUCAGUCUCCACCACUUUCCCGUCCACCAUCACCCCGUUCCCUUAUUCCUAAUCGUUGUUUACCUGUUCCAAAACUUCCACCAAUACCUCUUUCUUUAUCAUCGUCAUCUGUAACAGUAUGUGCGCCUCGUUGUUUGUCUGUGCCGUGUGUUUCGUUGUCUUCGUCUACGUUAUGUCCAUGUUCGUCCUCCCCGCAGAAUCCACCAUUCCCUUGUGAACACCCUAACUCUCCAGCAUAUUCCCCUGUUCCACCACCAAUCCAGCCAACAAACCAAUCAACACCCAUUUCUUCCAAACGACGUUAUCCCCGCUUCUCAUUCCACACUCCAUCAACACCUCCAGGCCCACCUACACCACCACGCCCACCUACGCCACCACGCCCACCAACUCCACCUCAUUUGCCUACUUUCUUUCCUCCGAUAACGUCUAAUCCAACACCAUCUACCCCCCGCCCAUUGUCAUUCCGUGUUAAUCGUCGUCCCGCCCUUUAUAGCCGUCCCACCCCUCCAUAGCCACCUCCUAUUUAAGUUUCUUGUAAGUUUGGUAUGUAAGUGAAAUGAUUGGCUGUGGAGGGACAAUCACCCUUUCUUAAUUUCUAAGACGUAGUGGUUUAUACUUUGUUCCGUUUUAACCUUAGUGAUACCGAACGUUUUACUAAUGCCUUCAUCUUUUUUCUCGUAAAAGGGAGUAUACGUCGUUACAUGCAGCUGUGUAUUGCAGCAUAAAUGUUUUGCUUUUCUCAACAGUUUUUUAGGAAGACUAAAAUGCAAGUACCCUCAGAGGUUUAUGCAAAUAGAUUUCAUACUUGUGUUCAUUACGUAACAGUGUGAGUUGCUCGUCAUAUCAGUUUUGUCUUCCUGUUUAAGCUAAAUGCUAACAUCCAGAACUAUGAGAAUGUUUCAGAAUGGAGAGAUAAUUCGGGCAUAGAUUGUCUGUUAAACAGAUAGCUUCAUUGAAAAAUAUAUGCAUAAUUACACGUAUGAGGGGAAAAUUUUAUCCAUUGAGAAAUGUUGAUAACGUUUAUAUGUAUCAUUUUGACUUUUAAAAUUGUAAUAUUUUUGUUAACAUAUAUCAUCAAUAGAGAUAAAACACGAUUAAUUUAACAUUUAAAUGUUGGAUAUCUACAUUUAUUUAGCAGCAGUUCUCAUAUCUUGCUUACGUUUUCUUUUCGGUUAUGAUAACGGUGAUUGCACUGUGCAAUAAUAAAAAAAGAUAUAAAAUGUUUCGCUAGUUUCAACUUGAAUGACAUAAGAUGUCAAGUAGAAAUUGAUAAUAUCGCAGCUCAGCUAAAUAAUUCUAGAUUUCCCUUCACACGCUUUUAUUACAUAACAAUCAGCUGCUAUUACCUUUAGAAGAGAAAUUUAUCUCGAAUUCUGUCAAAUUAAAGGUUUAAGCCUUGUGGAUUUCUAAAAGUGUUAAAACAAUGCUGAAACUAAAUUAUUUAACAAUUCGUUGUAUUUAAUUCACGCCAAAAUGCUUUUUAAACCGUUUGUCAAAUUGA